AUGGAUGGUGUGCCGCUUGAUGCGUGGCUGAUACCCGCAGACUCCGAUAAACUGAUUAUUUGUAAUCAUCCCGUCUGGUUCAAUCGCUCGGGCUUUCCCGGGCACCUCGAGCCAUGGAUACAUAUUGGUGAGGCCGGAGGCAAUAUUAUUGAAGUGAAUUUUAUGCCUGAUUAUAAAAACCUCCAUGAUGCCGGCUAUAAUGUUUUAUGUUAUGACUUUAGAAAUUUCGGGCAUAGCGGUGCUGCUAACGGUGGCAUCUGCGGUAAUGGAUUAUUAGAAUACCGCGACGUGAUCGGAUCGCUGCAAUAUGUACAGCGCCGUGCCGAUUUGAAAGACAUGCGCAUAGGGCUUUUGAGCCGUUGUGUAGGUGCCAACUCAACGAUGAUAGCCAUGACAAAACAUCCGGAAUUUUUUAAAGACAUCCGCUGUAUGGUUGCGCCGCAGCCGAUCUCCCCAAGGCCUUUUUAUGAGCGCAUCCUGGAUAUCCUGGAGCUGCCUGCUAAUCUUAUUGAUGAUAUUGAUGAAGAGAUCCGGCGGAUCACAAGUUUUACCAUUGAUCAGAUGUCGCCCGUCAUGUACGCAAAAAAUGUCCGGGUGCCCACCUUUAUAACACAGGUUUAUGCCGAUGCAUUGACAAAGCCGGGAGAUGUGCAGCAGAUCUUUGAUAAUAUUCCGGUUCAGGAGAAGGAAUUAUUCUGGAUAGAAGGAACGACCCGAAGAUGGGACGGCUAUAAUUAUUUUCCCAAUCAUCCGAAAAAGAUGAUCGACUGGUUUGACCGGUAUAUGAGCUGA